UGCUCACUCUGCUGAAAAGUGAAAAUUGAAGUGAAGUCUUGGGGCGCCGCCUUUAAUAUUAUUUAAAUUUUAAAGUUUAUUCAAUUUAAAACACCUACCUUCCAAGAUGACAGAAACUCAAGAAAACAUAUUUCUCUUUGUUCCCAAUAUCAUUGGAUUCGCCAGGGUCGUCUUGGCUAUCAUAUCCUUCUAUUAUAUGCCGACGCAUUGCGCCUUCGCGGUGAUUUGCUACGUGACCUCGGCGCUGCUGGACGCCGUGGAUGGCCAUGCCGCGCGGUUCUUUAAUCAGAGUACCAAGUUUGGAGGAAUGUUAGACCAGCUAACUGACCGUGCUGGCACCGCAGGCCUCAUGAUGACCCUCGCCACUUUCUACCCCGAGUACACUUUCUGGUUCCAAAUCUCCAUGGUCAUUGACAUCACUUGCCAUUGGCUCUACCUGCACUCGGUGACCGUCCAAGGGAAAGCAUCACACAAGCUGAUUGAUAUGUCUGGCAACCCCAUCAUGCGGCUCUACUAUACCAACAAGAAUGUGCUAUUCUUCAUGUGUGCUGGCAACGAAGCAUUCUAUGCGGCUCUGUAUGUUAUGUACUUCUACACUGGUCCUACAGUUCUCGGAAUCGGCCUAUACAAGCUCAUUGCCCUAGUCUCCAUGCCGGUGGCAGUGGUGAAGGCUGCCAUUUCGGUCCUCCACGGCAUUGUGGCGUCCAUCAACAUCGCUUCGCUCGACCGCGCCGAGCGCGCCGCCGCCGCCCAGAAGCAGGACAAAGCUAAUUAAGCUAAGAUAUCUAGUUGUAGUUUGGCCAGCCAUCUGUGUAGGACCACAGAUUAUAUAAUAGUGGUAGGACUGAUCGCACCGGACCACCCAGACCUAUCGCGAACAGCUUUGGUUUUUCGUCUAUCCUUUGAAAAAAACAAAUGUGACACUGUUCCAAUUGAAUAUGAUUUUAAUUUCAUUGAACUGAAUGAGUACUAUAGGUAGGACCUUGGGCCGUAGGAGGCUAUUUGCGUCUGGUUAGACGCAAAUAAUUAACGCAACGAACUGAGUGAGGAAAAAUAAUCAAAAACAAAUUUUAUCAUCUUAUCUAUAUGGUUCAAAUUCAUAUAACAGCGUAUUCGGAAAACUACUAAGGCCCACUUGCACCAUUCCACUAACCCGGGGUUAAUCGGUUAAACCGUUAACCCAGUGUCAAAUUGUACUGGUAACCAUGGUAACUCCUUUUUUAACCGGUUAACCUCGGGUUAGCGAAUGGUGCAAGUGGCCCUAAGUCUAUUUUUUUAUUCGGUAGACUAAAAUGACAUUUCAUAGUAUGAAAUGUUAUUUUAUAUUCAUACUAUGAACUGUCAUAGAACUAUCUACUACCGAAUAAAAAAAUAGACUUUAGUAUACGUGCGCGGUAAUUUGCUAAUGGCAUUCGUCAGAUGCGAAGGCACGUAUACAAUUUGCUGUGCCAAUGAUGCAUGAACAACUUAGCC